CUGGCCGGCUCUGGAGGGGGAUUUCCGUCGCCGGCCGAGGUUGCUGUGUAAGCCUGACUGACUCUCCAGAAAGAUGCAGUUUCUUGGCCGGCUUGUGAACACCAUCAACAGCGUCACCCAAAUAUUUACAAACCCUUACCGGGUAAAGGAGGUGACUGUUGGGGAAUAUGCUACUCAUACCUGCUUGAGGGAAGAAGGCAGGGUGACCCUGUAUAAGAAUGGUUUUGCGCGCUCCUGGGAUUGCCUGCUGGUGAAUCCCCAGAGCCCACAGGUUGCUUUCCGGCUCUUCCAGCUUGACAACGAAACAGAUGCCAUUGUGUGUUUUGAACAGUAUGCCAGGCAGCUGCGUCCUUUCUACGAGAGCUCUCAUCAGCCCUUGUCUUUGGAGGUUCUCCAGCAGCUCAGUGACUGCUUCCGCAACCACCCCAGCUGGUCCUCAGCACACGUUGCGGUGGAGAUUGGUCAUCGCGAGAGCUUCCGGCACAACCAUGUUCUGAGCUGUGUGAACAACACAGACAGCGAAGAGGGCUGCACCCCGCUGCACCUGGCAUGCCGCAAGGGGGACAUAGCUUGCCUGCAGGAGCUACUGGAGUGCCAUGCACGGGUGGACAUUACCGACAGGAACGGGGAGACGGUUUUCCACUACGCUGUGCGAGGGAGCAGCCCCCAGAUCAUCGAGCUCCUGGGAAAAACCCCAACUGUUGGCUUGGACCACCUGAGCCACGAAGGGCUGACCCCUCUGCAUCUCGCUUGCCAGCUGGGCAAAGAGGAUGUGGUUCGCUCUCUGCUGAAAUGCCGUGCCAGCUGCAGCGUCAUGGGGACACUGGGCUACCCCAUUCAUGCAGCUCUGAAGUACUCCCAGAAGGGGUGUGCCCAGGCCAUCCUUGAGGCAGAUGCCAGCCAGGUUCACUCCAAGGACCCGCGGUAUGAAGCUGUUCCGCUGCACUGGGCAAAGAAGGCAGAGAUGACGCAGCUGCUGCUCGAGUAUGGCUCUAAUGUGAAUUUGACCAGCCGGACAGCUGACAUGGCUCUGCACAUUGCAGUCAAGAGGGGCCGCUUUGACUGUGCCAUGGUACUGCUCACAAAUGGGGCCCGCACCAAUGCCAAAGGUCAGGAUGGCAACACUCCACUACAUCUGGCCAUGAAACAUGACCAUCUGGACAUGAUCAAAGCCCUCGUUGUGUUUGGAGGGGAUGUUGAGAUCCCAAAUGACUUUGGCGAGACUCCAGGGCUGUUGGCAGCCAGGAGCAGCAAAGGUGCAAACCGGAAAGUGCUCUUAGACCUGCUGCAAACUGUAGGGACCGAACGCUGCCACCCACCCAACCCUGACUCCCCAUGCCUGGCACCAUCUGCUGCCUCCUUCUUCCUGGAAGGGCAACCUGCCCCGCGGAGCAGCUUCAACAGCUUAGGGUACAAGGACCUUCUCUAUGCUUCUGCGGCAAUUGGACAGUUGUUGAAGACGCCAGAUGUUGUGGACUCACCUAGAGAGGGUGGGAGAAAUCAAGACCGCCUCCUGUGUCUGGAUGGAGGAGGCAUCCGGGGCCUGGUGCUCAUCCAGCUCCUCCUGGCUAUUGAAAAGGCUGCAGGCCGUCCCAUUCGUGAGAUUUUUGACUGGAUUGCAGGGACUAGCACUGGGGGAAUCUUGGCCCUGGCUAUUGUACACGGGAAGUCCAUGGACUACAUGCGCUGCCUGUACUUCCGCAUGAAGGACAUGGUGUUCCGGGGGUCUCGGCCCUACGAGUCAGAGCCACUGGACGAGUUCUUGAAGAAGGAAUUUGGGGAAAACACCAAAAUGACAGAUGUCCAAAAACCCAAGGUCAUGGUGACAGGAACGCUGUGUGACCGGCAGCCAGCUGAGCUACACCUCUUCCGAAAUUACCCUGUACCAGAGACAAAAACCUCCACAGAAUACAAGACAACUGCAUCUUUCAAACCACUGACUCAACCAGAAGACCAACUGGUGUGGCGUGCUGCCCGCUGCAGUGGUGCAGCUCCCACUUAUUUCCGGCCAAUAGGGCGCUUUCUGGAUGGUGGGCUGCUAGCGAACAACCCAACCCUCGAUGCCAUGACGGAGAUCCAUGAGUACAACAAGACACUGAUCAAGAAGGGGCAGAGGCAGAAAGUAAGAAAACUAGGACUGGUGGUUUCCCUGGGGACGGGGAAGCCUCCGCAGGUCCCGGUGAGCUCUGUGGAUGUCUUCCGCCCCUCCAACCCCUGGGAGCUGGCAAAGACUGUCUUUGGGGCCAGGGAGCUCGGCAAGAUGGUGGUGGAUUGUUGCACUGACGCAGAUGGCCCAGCUGUGGAUCGUGCCAGGGCCUGGUGUGAGAUGACAGAUGUCCCAUAUUUCCGGCUGAGUCCUCAGCUGCAUACAGAUGUGAUGUUGGACGAGGUGAACGACACGGUGCUGGUGAACACCCUCUGGGACACCCAGCUUUACAUCUACCAGCAGCGGGAGCAGUUUGAGCAGCUGGUGCAGCACCUUCUUGCCCGAUGACUCACCUGGAGUUGCCUGUUCUGCAGCCCAAUGGCAAUGAGCGGCAGUCACUGAAAUGGCUGUGAUUUGCCCUUGACCCAAGAUGCUGGGGUGAGGGAAGGGACUAAUAAUAAUGAAUAGGAAUUAAUGAUAUUUAAUAGACAACUGCACACAUACACAUGUAUUCCAGGACAGCUGUGAAAUGCUGAUGUGUGGAUGACUGUUCUCUCUGUACCGUAGCCCAGUCUCUGGUAUUUGUGCUUGAAGUCCCCCUCGGUGUUGCUGCCCUGAUACGUUACUGUACAGCCCUUCCUGGCAGCCAGAGCCCCCACCUAUCUUGUGCUUUAGCAGUUGGAGACUCUUCUGUUUGUGCAGCGCCUCUAAUGGCGCAGCACCUCUAAGGGCACAGCACCAUGCCCUUUCCCACAUCACCAAACAGGCCAAUGCCAGGUAAAGCUUAUAGGAUUAGCUUCCCUGCUUGGGCCAAAGUGUUUCGAUGUGUGUAGUGUGGGGAAAGGGAUUCUUCUUCCCUCAACACGCCCUGUCUGAAGGGGUGUAGGAACUUUGCAGCCUUCUCCAGUAGAUCUGGACACAGAAUAGUGCAAUUGGCCUUGGGAGAAGGGGGAAACUUUUGUGAAUCGGUUGUAUUCUGUAGCCCCUUCCCCUUUUCCCUCAGAAAUGGGUUGGCAACCCAGGUUCUGACUGUGCCUGGCGGGGAGCAGACCCCAACAGGUGAUGAGGCUGGGGGUGCAUUCUGAUGACUGUUUUGUGCCCUCUAACUUGCUGUGAUACUCUUUGCACAGGCUUACGAUGAGGGAUGAUAUCCUUGGCUUGGUAGAGAGAUUAGACUAAGUUAACUGGGGGAAAUAAUCAAUUAGUUGAUUAUUUGUCGUUAUUCUUAAUGUGCAAUUGAAAUGCUCGGAGAGCAACUCCCACCAAAGAAAGCUGACACUGUGAAAAGGUGGAUUUCUUUUACUUUUUUUUUUUUUUCUGCUGAAAAUCCCAUCAUGACUUCUACGCUACUCAAAGUUUCUGCAGUAUGUUUUGCAGUAUUUAUAAAUGACGUAUGCAUCUGUUUAGAGGAGUUUUGAGGAAUGAACUGGAAAAAACUGAAUUCUUAAUAUUUUUGUCUUUAACUGGAGGGACUACUGUUGUAAACUGUGCUUCUAUGCAAAACUAACGUGACCUGAAAUAAAGAGAGGUUUGGAUUCAGUUCCACUCU